AUGACCAUCCACACCGACGGCGGCUGCCUGGGCAACCCGGGCUCCCGGCGCCUGGGCCUACGUGGCCGACACGGCCGGCGGCAGGUGCGCGACGCGGGCUACGCGGCCGACACCACCAACAACCGCAUGGAGCUGCAGGCAGUCAUCGAAGCCCUCAAGUUGGCGCAGGAGCGGGCGGACGGGGACGUGACGGUCAUCACCGACUCGCGCUACGUCGAGGGGGGCAUCAGCGAGUGGAUCUCGCGCUGGGAGGCCAACGGCUGGAAGACCAAGUCACGGUCGCCGGUCAAGAACCGCGACCUCUGGCAGGAGCUGCAGUCCCUGAAGCGGGCGCUGCAGGGGCGCGGCUUCCGCGUCGCAUUCCGGCGCGUGCGCGGCCACGCCGGCGUCGAGCUCAACGAAGCCUGCGAUCGGCUGGUCACCGAGACGAUCGCCGCCGGGCGAAGGGGACGACGCUAA